CAGCUAAAGGGGCAGCCGACAUCGUCCUAAUCCAAGAACCUUGGGUGGUGGGACAAAACAUUUGUGGGCUGAAAGCGCCGGGCUACAGACUGCGACGAGGACACAACAGCGGUCAGUCUAAGUGCAAACGGACGACCAAUUAAGAUGGCAUCCAUGUACCUAGCGCAUGACAAGGAGGUGCCAACUAUCUGCAUUAAAGACCUAGUGGCCAGCACGAGAGAGGCGCUAAUUUUGGGAGGUGACGCGAAUGCUCACCAUCACACCUGGGGCAGCUCCGAUGAUAACGAACGGGGUGAGUCACUUUUUAAUUUCAUACUUAGUUCUAAGCUUGUUAUUGCGAAUAGGGGGAAUGAUCCCACUUUUAUUACAAAAUCCCGAAGGGAAGUUCUGGACGUUACCCUUAUCUCUGAGAAUGCGGAAUGUCUGGUCGGGAAGUGGAAGGUGCUUGAGGAGCACUCCUUUUCCGACCACCGAUAUAUCCAAUUCGAGGUAUUAGGGGAAACGCCCAAGGCUCCUCUAACUAGAAACUUGCGAAAUGCCAACUGGCAUAGGUAUCGGAAAGGGCUGGAUAGGCUUUUGCCACAAGAUAGAGAGCCGGCUACUCCAGCAAACCUAGAGGAGCUGGAAUAUCUUGUCGACCAUUUUACGGGGGCCUGCAGUAAGGCAAUAGACAUUGCAUGCCCCAAAAAGCAGCACCGGGGUAGGAAAAAGCCACCCUGGUGGAAUGAAGAAAUCAGGAUUUCACGCAAGAACUGCAGGAAAACCUUCAAUCAGGCUACUGCGUCUGGUAGUGAGGGACAUUGGGAGACCUACAAGACAACGUUACGGGAGUACAAGAAGCUCCUAAGAAGGUCGAAAAGAACCUCAUGA